UUAGAUCCUAUCGCUUGGACCCUUAAAGAAGCUUUAUUAGCUUGUGAAAAAAUUAAUGGAAAACAUACUGGUGAAAACAUUCGUGAUACUAUAGAACAAAUAAUCAGACAAUUUCAACUUGAACAAAAACUAUUCAUUGCUACUACAGAUAAUGAACUUGAAGAAGCUGAACAAGAUCAUGAAAUAAUUUCAGAUAAUGAAAGAAUUGUUGAACCAGCAGUUCGUAUCAAUCAACCUCUUAUUAUAUCACAUGGUCGUAAAUGA